CUCGGAUCUUGGGAACACAGUAGCGUGGUGGUAUUUGCUGUGAGGGGUGAUGGAGUAGAUUGGGGUGGUUCGGUUGUUGUUGGAGGGGGGGUGGUGGAGGUUGUUAUGGGCGUUGCUGUCCUAAUGUGGUAUGUUGGCGGGUUGUGGGGUAAUUGUUUAAGGCAGUGAAGUGGCUAAUUGUAAGGUGGGAGCAAGACAUGAGACAAUACGAGGUCACUACCCACGUAAUGAUAUCUUAUAUGCACUUCUAAUUUCAAAUUUCAGCUCUUGCGUGCAGGAUUUCUGAUAAUCUGACGAAAACCAGCAACAAUGUCGGAAGAAAUGAACGGCGAAACGUUCGCGUUCCAGGCGGAGAUCGCCCAGCUAAUGAGUCUUAUUAUCAAUACAUUUUACAGCAACAAGGAGAUCUUCCUUCGUGAACUGAUCUCAAACUCUUCGGAUGCCCUCGACAAGAUUCGGUAUCAGGCACUUACCGAACCGGCCGAAUUGGAAAGUGGGAAAGAGCUAUACAUCAAGAUUACCCCGAAUAAGGCUGAUAAAACGCUGACCAUUAUGGACACAGGGAUUGGUAUGACCAAAGCAGAUUUGGUUAAUAAUUUGGGCACGAUCGCUAAAUCUGGUACGAAAGCGUUUAUGGAAGCUCUUCAGGCUGGUGCUGAUAUCUCCAUGAUUGGACAGUUCGGUGUUGGGUUUUACUCCGCAUUUUUGGUCGCGGAUAAGGUUGUUGUGGCUUCCAAGCACAAUGAUGAUGAUUGUUACCAGUGGGAGUCGUCUGCCGGAGGUUCCUUUAUUAUUCGACAGGUGAACGAUCCGGAACUUACCCGUGGCACCAAAAUCACACUAUACAUCAAGGAGGACCAGACGGAUUAUCUUGAGGAGCGUCGCAUAAAAGAGAUCGUGAAGAAGCACUCACAGUUUAUCGGGUAUCCGAUUAAACUUACUGUGGAGAAAGAACGUGAUAAGGAAGUUUCUGAUGAUGAAGCGGAGGACGAAAAGAAAGACGAAGACAAGGAGAAAAAGGAGGGUGAAAUUGAGGAUGUUGGGGAAGAUGAGGAUGAAGAUAAGAAGGAGAAAGACAAGAAGAAAAAGAAAAUCAAGGAGAAGUACCACGAAGAUGAGGAACUGAACAAGACGAAACCUAUUUGGACUCGGAAUCCCGAUGACAUAAGCAACGAGGAGUAUGCGGAGUUCUACAAGUCGUUGUCGAAUGAUUGGGAAGAUCACCUUGCAGUCAAACAUUUCUCAGUUGAAGGCCAGCUUGAAUUCCGCGCCUUGUUGUUUGUACCACAGCGUGCGCCGUUUGAUUUGUUCGAGAAUAAGAAGACGAAGAAUGCUAUUAAGCUCUAUGUUCGUCGAGUGUUCAUCAUGGAGAAUUGUGACGAGCUGAUGCCGGAAUAUUUGAACUUCAUCAAGGGCGUCGUUGACAGCGAAGACUUGCCGCUGAACAUUUCGCGCGAAAUGUUGCAGCAGUCCAAAAUAUUGAAGGUCAUCCGCAAGAAUCUGGUGAAGAAAUGCCUCGAACUGUUCGAUGAAAUCGCGGAAGACAAAGAUAACUUCAAGAAGUUCUACGAACAGUUCUCGAAGAAUAUAAAGCUCGGUAUCCAUGAGGAUUCGACCAAUCGUAAGAAACUUUCUGAAUUCUUGCGAUUCUACACAUCAGCAUCCAGUGAGGAAAUGACUUCACUAAAGGAUUAUGUCAGCCGUAUGAAAGAGAACCAAAAGCAGAUCUAUUUUAUUACUGGUGAAUCCAGAGAAGCGGUCGCCAGCUCUGCGUUCGUGGAGCGUGUGAAGAGACGCGGUUUCGAGGUAGUUUACAUGACCGACCCGAUAGACGAGUACUGUGUACAGCAGUUGAAGGAAUAUGAUGGGAAGAAACUGGUCUCAGUCACGAAGGAAGGUCUUGAACUUCCUGAAAGUGAGGAGGAGAAGAAGAAAUUCGAGGAAGACAAAGUUAAAUUUGAGAAUCUGUGCAAAGUUAUGAAGGACAUUUUGGAAAAAAGGUGGAGAAAGUUGCUGUAUCCAAUCGAUUGGUCUCAUCUCCGUGUUGUAUUGUCACGUCUGAGUACGGAUGGUCUGCUAAUAUGGAGAGGAUUAUGAAAGCGCAGGCAUUGCGAGAUUCUUCGACGAUGGGCUAUAUGGCUGCCAAAAAACACCUCGAAAUCAAUCCUGAUCAUUCUGUAAUUAAGGCACUGCGGGAACGUGUCGAGGCAGACAAGAACGAUAAAACUGUAAAAGACCUAGUAGUUUUACUGUUCGAGACCGCCUUGCUUUCUUCUGGCUUUUCUCUUGAAGAUCCGCAACUGCAUGCGUCGAGGAUAUAUCGUAUGAUCAAGGUAGGUUCGAUGGUUUAAGAAGGAGGCGUUAAGGGCUGCGUGGGAAUUGGGUCUCUUAUUUAACACUUGUCAGAAAACACACUUUUUCAGCUGGGGCUUGAUAUUACGGAAGAUGAAGAAGAAGAAGCAGUUGCAUCUGUUUCUGGUGAGAAGGAUGAAUGUGUCCCAAACCUAGUUGGUGCCGAAGAAGAUGCAUCAAGGAUGGAGGAAGUUGAUUAAUUCGCAUUUGUUAAGUUUUGGUAGUUACCCACGGUCCGCUCAUCAACCUGAAUUUUGAAUUGUGGAAUUGAGUAGAAGUUGCUCAAACAGUGAAUUAGUUGCAGUAAUGAGU